AAUGUUUAAACAUUUCAGUGAAAAUUGAAACCAACCGGCUGUUCUGAUGGCCUGGAGAGCUCUCUGUUUAAAUGUGCAGCCACAAGGUGAAACCCCGGUCUCUUAUCUCGAUCAGCGACAGACGUAAGCAAUUCUUUUUUCUCGUCUGCAUAUCCGCUGAAAGCGAACUGUCCAUUGUACUUGUGAUGUAAGAAAUGAAGGGAAAAAUUGGGAGAGGAGUUAAUUAGUCACGUGAUGAACAUCGGCGAAUUUGAUAUUAACAUAAUGAGGAUUUUUAACUGCGUGGGUUUAAGCGCCUAUCCUGCAUUUAAAUGUUUUCUACCACAACACGUGUUGGUGUCGUUUCAUACUCAGGAUAAUAAUACUAUUCUACACGUAAGGUUGACAAAAUCUUAUGGAUCUUGUGACUCUUUAUAAUGACCUGGAAACCAUUGAAACGUCAACGGACAUCAUGAAUGAAACUUCUAACUUCAAGAAUCGCGAGGAACAAAACCAUGAUAUUGCUAUGCAGCGCUUGCCGACUGUUAUUUUCCUCGGGAUUUUGAUUAUCAUAGGGGUGAUUGGAAAUAUCAUAGUUAUAGUUGUCUACACCAGGAAAUAUCCAUCCACUACGUUCAAAUUUUACAUCUUAGCUCUAGCCGUUAUAGACCUCUUAACGUGCUGUAUCAGCAUGCCAUUCGAAAUUGCUGACAACGUUCUGCCGUUUUUGUUUUUCGAUGAGACAGUAUGUCAAGUUGGACGAUUCCUCGGAAAUGUGUUCAAAAUGGCCGCGGCAUUUGUGAUUGUGGUCAUGGCAAUAGGACGAUACAAAAAGAUUUGCCAUCCGUUCAGCAAAAGUACAUCAAUUUCACAAGCUCGUUUAGCCUUCGUAGCUUCGGUAGUUUUAGCGGUCGCGUUCUCGUGGCCAACCUUGCUUAUUCAAGGUAUAAGAGAGCGUACCCUAAAGUUUAACAUUACCGGCUAUGACUGUUCCAUUAGUUCCGAUAUGUUCAACACAAAAUACCCAUUCAUAUUCUCCACAGUCAUGUUUACCGUGUACGCUAUAGUGUUUAUUUUAUUAGUGGUUCUUUACAGUUUAGUUAUCUAUAACCUUAACAUGCACGUGAAGGAACAGGAGCAAUUCGCCUUCAAUGAUAACAUUCGGAAAUCCAAUCCAAGAAUUACAAAAAUGAUGAUAGCGAUCACAACGGCGUUUGUUGUGUGUUAUUUACCUAAUUGUAUUCUUGAUGCAAUAUCUACAUUCAAACGAGGUUAUGUAGCACCUCCUAGUCCUGUGAUUUUGGCCACCCUCCCACUGAUCGCCAGAACAUUCUUCAUUAACAAUGUCAUCAACCCGUUCAUCUACCUUUUAGGAGAUCCAAAAUUUAGAAACAUUAUCAAACAAAGCAUUAGAUGGGUAUUCUAUUCUGUCUGCCGACCUGGGAAGAAAAAGUUAAAGAGUUUCACGGUGGCUGAAACGAUGCACCUUACAGAUGUGAAACCAACCAUGUCUCAUUCAUAGACCGGUUUUAUCUGCAUCUUCGUCAUCAGCAUUGGAAACAGCUAUUAUCUUAAUUACGACAUUUAUAAUCGAAUUUUCUCUGAAUUGUUUUUCUCCGAAUUGCUUUUAGUGUAUAAAUCUAUGUAGAUUUCAACUUAAGUAAUUACAAUGUGAAAGUUACGAAAAGUUCCUAAUCCUUGUUUUUCGUUUAAGAACAAUAAAACUUGAAAUUAUUUGUAUGUUAUUUCAUAUAUGUACUUUUGUCUUAAAAAUUCAAAAUAUUUUAAUGUACAAACCCAUUCUUUGUUACCAGAAGUUUGCUUCACAUUAAAGUCAAUCUUACAUAGGAAAUAUAUACAUUUCAUUGUCUCAAUGUCGAUAUUGUUGAUUUAUUAAUAUUGUGAUAUUUUUAAUGGGGUUUUUUUUCGAGAAAGUGGUGCAUGCACAGUGAUGAACAUUAAUACCUUUAUCAGAAAAUUCAUUUAUAUAAGUAUUAUACUUUUUAAUUUUUAUAUAUUAUAAAAAUAUUCCACGUAUAUUGUGAAAUAAAUAUUUUGUUGCAAAG